UUAGGGGCCUACAAGAAACGAAAACAAGGUGCAUGAAGCGGCUUUGCUACUUUUUUGCAAACUAUUUACACAACAACACCAAGUGGCUGCAGCUUCUCAGCAAUAAAGGAGAUAAAUCACGCUUUUUUUCAUCCAUACUGCAGAGGUGAUGCAGCUGUCGGGAAGCAGCAGCCCACAGUAAUACAGCAGGGAUGCCUGCAGCAGAGAGCAGCCAUGCACAGCGCGUCCUGUCCUCCCUGAACCAGCAGAGGGCGGUGGGCAGGUUCUGUGAUGCAGUGUUGAACGUGGGAGGCGGGGUGGUCUACCUGGCCCAUCGCAGCAUCCUGGCCUGCUUCAGUGACCUGUUCCAGCAGUCCAACAUGCCCGCUACACCGUGCAUGGAGUUAUGCCUGCAGGAGUGCCCCAAAGACGGCCUGGAGCUGCUGCUGAACUUCGUCUACACCGGGGAGCUGAAGCUGGAUGCUGACAACCUGGAGAAGGUGCAGCAUGCGGCCACCAGCCUGUGUGUUCCUGAAGCUCUCUCACUGUGUCAGCAGUUCAAGGACACUCCUGCUGAUCCGAUGCCUUUCAAACGUAAAAGAGGCCGACCCAGGAAGUCCACAUCCACAGAUACGACCCCCAAUUUUCCCGUCAAAGAAGAGAACCUGCUCACCAUCACAAAAGAUGAGUCCAGUUUUGAUGCUGCUACAGCUGAUUUAACCUUGACGGCUGGAGCUGCUACCACCACCACCACCACCACUCGCUCUGGACGUGUGGUGAAGGGCCCCCGGCGACUUGUGACUGAUGACAGCCAAACUACUGAUUUUACAGACCAGGAAAAAGGGGAUAAGAUGGCUCCACUUGGCCCCACUGAGGCAGGGAGUGGUGUUGGUGCUGUGGUGAGCCAAAACACAGAUCAGCUGACCGGUGAAUCUGAGGUAUCUGACUUGCAGAUUGACUUAAAUGACAACGGUGUUAGCCAGGGGAUGGAGGACGUAGAAGAAGAAGAAGAAGAGGAAGAAGAUGAUGUGGGGGAUUUUGAGGCGAUCACUGAAGACACAGAUGAAGAGUAUAUUCCCAUUGAAGAGCCCGGUUCCUUAUUCCCGUCCACUUCAACAGCACAGAAGCGCAAAGCUCAGAUUAAAACGGACAAAAGUGAGAAUGGUGAAGCCGUGGAGGAAGACUCCAAGAAGGACUGUGUGCUGUGUCCCAUCUGUAACAAAUCCUUCAGGAGCAAAUACUACCUUAAAGUCCACAACAGGCGACACACAGGCGAGCGGCCCUUUGGUUGCGCUAAAUGUGGAAAGAGGUACUUCAGGAAGGAGAACCUGUCGCUACAUGAGAUGAAAGACUGUGCUAAAGCGCAGACGUACACCUGCGUGACAUGCUCCUCCACAUUUAACGGGAAAGUGGAGCUGCGUUUGCACGUUGUGUCCCACACGGGGAAUAUGCCCCACAAGUGUUCGUCAUGUCCUGAACAGUUUAUGCACAAGAAAAACUUGACAAUUCACAUGAUGAAGGUCCAUGGUCAUCCCAAACCACAUGCAUGUUCCCAGUGCCCCAAAACCUUCCUCACUAGGACGGAGCUGCGUGUGCACGAAGCAGCCAAACAUCGAGGGGAAAAGCCAUUUGUGUGUGAGGAGUGCGGCCAUCGAGCGUCCAGUCGAAACGGCCUGCAGAUGCACAUCAAAGCCAUUCACAGGAAUGAACGACCCUUUGUAUGUACCCUAUGUGGCCAUGCAUUCUCCCAGAAGAACAACCUGAACAUGCAUCUGCGUAUACACAGCGGUGAGAGGCCCUACCAAUGUCAUCUCUGUGGGAAGACCUUCAGGACUCAAGCCAGUCUAGAUAAACACCAGCGGACACACACUGGCGAGCGUCCGUUCAGCUGUGAUGUGUGUGAGCAGCGCUUCACAGAGAAAGGCGCUCUCGUCCGUCACAAGGCCAGCAAACACGAGGAGGGUCGACCCCACUGCUGUCAGAUCUGUGGCAAAACCUUCAAGGCGAGAGAGCAACUGCGGGUUCACCUGCGUCGCCACAAGGGCAUGAGGAAGUUUGAGUGCAUAGACUGCGGCUACAAAUUCACUCGACAGGCACACUUACGACGUCACAUUCAAAUCCACAAACGCACUGAGAACUACAACCCGCAGAGGAAGCUGAGGAACCUGAUCGUGCAGGACGUCGAAGGAAGUCCGGAUGAUUACGAAGCAACGAAAGAAGCGGAUGACUCGCUGAUCGCAGGGAAGACCGAUUACAUCCCAGAGCUGACCGCUGACAUCGAGGAGUCCACAAACCCAGAGCCGAACUCGGGUACGGGCCUCGCUACCAGCUGCGUAGUGGGGGUGGUGAUAGGCCCGGUGAUAGAGGUGGUCUCCAACCAGAACCUGGGACACGUCGGGGCGGCGGAGAGCUUCUGUGUGCCUGAAGUGUUGCAGCAAACACAGCUGCACACAGAGGCGUUCCAGUCCACGAUAAAUGCAGAGGACGUUUGAGAAAAUAUCCCUCAGAGUUGAAGUCACUGUGAAGACCAUUUUUCUUAAAUGAGAAGCACUUACAUUAAACGUGAUUUAAGGACAUGUACCGAUCCAAAGAUGGAACUGCAACACGGUCAGCUACUUGUGUGUUUCUAGAGAGAAGUUACUAAUCAUGCUUUUAUUUUGGUAAAUCAACUGCAUGCUUGUGAUGGCUGCAUGAAUGUGAAAUGAUAUUGUUUUGGCUUUUUUUUUUUCCAUCUAUGUGCCUACUGCAGCUAAGUAAUAAAUGCUCCUCAGUGGCGCUCUGUUUUGACGUCAAAAUUAUUUGGAAUUAAGACACUACACAGGUUAUGGUUUUAUGCUAAAAUACACAGCUUUAUAAGUGAAUACAUCAGCUUACUCCUACUAUUUAUAAAAAUAUUGUCCCCUUCGGUUGAAAUACUAUCCACUGUUUAUAAGAAUAAUAUUAGCAACAUGCUAACAGCUAAUCGGCUAAUGAACCCUCCUGCCUGCAGUUCAAUUAAUGCCAACCACAUCGUGAACAAACAGAGUACGCUAGGUUAGGAAUAUACUGUAUUUACAAACUUGUAUGAAAACUAAGAAAACAUUACCAUCAAAACAUGAAACUGAACUACAUGAGAACAAUUGAGAUUCUUUUGCACUUCCAGUUACCGACCACCCAUCACUAACGUGUCACUCUUCUUGUUGCAACAGAUACGGGGACAUCUAAGCAACCACAGCACAAAUAUAUCCAUUAAUAAACAUACAAAACCACAACAAAAAAAUACAAAUCUUAAAUACAAUUCUUCAUGCACAUUCUACUUCUGGUUAUAAAGGCUGACGUAGCUUAGUGAAAGGGCUCAGGAGGAGACGUCUAAAUGUCACUCAAUGGUAAAUCAACCCGAUACAAGUUAUUGAAACCAUGCAGUCGUCCUGAGAUCCUAUAAUAGUGACAAAAGAUUACUCGAUACAACUCUGAGUACAAUAUAUUUCCACCCUUCAUUUGAAGCCAUAAGGCUGUUUAGUAAUACGUUUCAAUUGUGAUUGUCGUUGUUUGGAAUGUAAACUGAUUGUUUCUGAACAAAUAACCGGCUCUUGUUCUGGGCCAAAUGUAAAAGGAGGACACUGGUUGAACUUUGUAGUGCUGUAAACCUGCAGACACAUCAAAUAAAGGAACAAGAGA